UUUUAGCGUGCUUCCAGACACACGCUGACGAUUUCCUUGGCUUUUCCGCUCUGUCUAAUAUUCUUUUUUCUUUGUGCACCUUUUCCAAAAGUAUCCUCCACUAUAUCCCGAUUUUUCAAGAUUCUAAUAGUGAAACCACGAAACAUCUAACCGCAAAUUAAACUUUGCUUGAUUAGUUCUUCGAAGCAAAAAUGAUUUAAAUCGCUUGCAGAAAAUUAGAGAGAAGUUUGUAACUACAUACCAAUGAGAGAGAGAGACUGAAUGAAUAAUAACGUUACAACAAUGUCAGAUUACGAAAGGAUGCGUCUAGUAAUUUUGGGAGGACCAGGAGUAGGUAAAAGUUCGAUAAUAAAGAGAUUUUUAACGAAUACUUAUACGAGUAAAUACAGAAGUACAAUCGAAGAUUUAUAUAACAGGGAAUACGAUUUAGGUCAUAUGACUCUCAAGGUAGACAUAUUGGAUACGGCCGGUGACAUGCAAUUUCCCGCUAUGCGUCGUUUAUGUAUAGCCACAGCACACGCUUUUCUUUUAGUUUACGCCGUCACUUCGAGUCCGUCCUUGGACUGUAUCAAACAAUGUUUCGAGGAAAUUAGAGAACAACGAGGGGAUUUUCAAGAAAUACCGAUAGUCAUAGCGGGUAAUAAAUUGGAUUUGACAUCGACUCACCGAGAAAUUCCCAUCGAGGACGUAUCCGAAUGGGUUUAUUGCGAACUACCGAAAUUAAGAGUUAAAGUUCUAGAAUGUUCCGCAAAAGAUGAUAUAAACAUCAAAGAGAUUUUCCGUACAUUUUUGACUCUCUCUCGUAUAUUACCCCGCGAAACCGACGAACAAGGAGGGCUGAAAAGACGUUCCAGUGCUUACGUCAACAAAGGCGGUAGAAGAAACGCCAGUCCGGCUCUGGAUAAAGAAAAACCAGGACCGUCUGAUAACAAAGACACGUUGCCGAAACCUCGAUCAAGAUCUUUGAUAAGAAGAGCUUCCAGAAAAACAAAACAACAAUUAAGGGACGCUCAAAGCGGUGCAGAAGAAUGUAACGUGUCCUAAAUAUAUAAUUAUUUAUAUUGUAAUUAAAUUUUAUAUGUGAAAUUAUGUUUUUAUUUUGUAUUAGGAAAUUUUCGGGUUUUUUUUCAUCAAACUCAAAUUUAUAGCACGAAAUUAGCCGCUCCUACUAAAAUCACUCUUAUUGCAUAUUUGUUAUUGAUCUGUCUAGUCAAAUAUUGACUACCCCCCGUAUACAAUGCGACACAUAACGACUCAAUUCCCCGUAUAAACUUUCCGUGUCUAUCGCCGCCAUCUUGUUAUAAUUUACAUCCGACUUAACAGUACUUGAAAAUAUUUUAACCUAACGUUGAUGCAUCUAUUUUCAAUUUCCAUAUUAAUCUUCUCCGUGGAUACGUCAACAUGACAAGGGCUCACCGUUUUUAAUGAAUAUUUAUAAUAUUAUAAUUAUAAAUGUUUAACGGACGUUGUCACUUUUACAUUUAUCCAAUUAUCUAACUGUGCUUGGCUAGUACAAUGUUGUCAGUUGUAGCACAAUAAAAGUAACAAAAAUUAUUAAUAUAUUGUUAAAAUUGUAAUACCUUUGAAUUUUUUAAAAAGUAGUUACUAAUAGUAAAAAAUCAUGUGCAUGAAUUGUUUAUGUACAAAAAAAAACGAGUUGGACCAAAAUACAAAGUUUCAAAUUAUUUAUUUCAAUAAAGUCCAAUGUUAUAUGUAUACAAAAUAUAUCAACUUAUAUUAUAGUAAAUGAUAAAACAUUAUCCAUAUAUAUAUAUAUAUAUAUUGUUUUCUAUUAUUUUUUUAAAUUUAUAAUUAAUAAAUAUUUUUACUCAGAUUUAGGGGUAAAAAACUGUAUACAGCAACACCGCAUUUUCUACUCAAGACUAUAAACACCCAAGUUGUUGUUCCAUGUAGCACUAACAGCGCCUCUAGUGAACAUUUUUCGAAAUACUAACUCUUUAAGUGUAUUGAAAUUAUGUUUUCUAGUUCAAAGAUGGCGCUCUUUAAAGACGUAAACGUUGCUGUUUUUGUUAAUUGAUAAUAUAGUGGUUUAGAACGAUGUUGAUUAGAAAAUAUCUGCUCAACUACUCUAUGUAUGUUUUUCAUGUCUAGUUGUACUUAUAGAAAUUUGUUGUACAAGUUUUUGUUUGUUUUGAGAAAAGUUUAGUGUCGUAAUAUCAUCGUCGAGCAUACUUAAAAGCGUGCUUCAUCUAUACAUGACAAUUUAAAUUUGAAUUGAUGAUUUCAUACACUAACAGGGAUUUUCAAUAUAAGAUAAUUACAUACGAGGUAGCCCAGAACAAAGCAAACUAAUUUAUAAUAUUAAAUAUAAUAAUUAAGUACUGCACUUUUUAAUAUAAACUGAACAAUAGAGAAAAAGUGGGAAAUUAUUUUAUUUUUUGAAAUAUCUAUCGAAUAGUUAAUAGUUAAUCUAAUAUUAUCACCUAGCUCAUUCCAUGUGAAUACAGGGUAUUUUAAUUAGUUAUAGAGAUAUCUAAAUGUGAAAAUAUAUUUUUUAAUCAAUUAUUAUCAAAAACAUUUUUACAGAUAACGUUUACUAACAAUAAAAAAAAUUUUCUUCUUCGAAAAUAAAGUAUAUCGCCUUAAGACGCCACUGUAUAAAAAUCAAAACAAUACAACUUAACCUAGUAAGUGAAAGUACUUACUGAUGAA